AAACCCUUUCAUCACCUCCCUCCCAGUUUAGGGUUUCUCCUCAAUUUAGAGGGUUUUUUCUGAAGGUGACUGACAAUUGAACCAGAGGAACAAAAGUUUUUCAUCUGAUCUCACUCCAUUUCUAGGGUUUCUCUUCUUGUUUUCUGACAACCAGUCGAGAGGAACCCGAUUACUAAUGGCGCAGUCUCUUGAGCUUCUUCUCAUACAAUUCUUAAUGCCUGAUAACGAUGCUAGAAGGCAAGCAGAGGAGCAAAUCAAGAGGCUCGCUAAGGAUCCACAUGUGAUUCCUGCACUUCUUCAACACAUGCGCACUGCAAAGACAGCCAAUGUUCGUCAAUUAUCAGCUGUUUUGCUUAGAAAGAAGAUCACUGGUCAUUGGAUGAAGCUUUCUCCUCAAGUGAAGGAUUCUGUGAAGUCUGCUCUCAUGGAGAGCAUUACUGUAGAACAUAGUCCUCCAGUUAGACGUGCUAGUGCAAAUGUUGUCAGUGUUGUUGCUAAGUAUGCCGUCCCAGCUGGGGAGUGGCCAGAAUUGUUGCCUUUCCUGUUCCAAUGCAGUCAAAGCCCACAAGAAGAUCAUCGGGAAGUAGCAUUGAUUCUUUUCAGCUCUUUGACUGAAACAAUUGGAGAGAUGUUCCGACCGCAUUUGGCUACAUUACAGUCUCUGUUCCUCAAAUCUCUACAAGAUGAGACCAGCACCCGUGUUAGAAUUGCUGCACUAAAGGCAGUUGGAUCUUUUGUGGAAUUUGUACAUGACAGAGAUGAAGUAGUAAUGGUCCGGGAGCUAAUUCCGAGCAUUUUGAAUGUAUCAAGGCAAUGUUUGGCAAAUGGUGAUGAGGAGGUUGCUGUAAUUGCUUUCGAAAUAUUUGAUGAGCUUGUGGAGUCCCCUGCGCCUCUUCUUGGGUCCUUUGUGGUAUCAAUUGUUCAAUUUUCACUCGAGGUUAGCUCAAGCGAGAAUUUGGAAACAAAUACAAGGCAUCAGGCUAUUCAGAUUAUUUCUUGGCUUGCAAAAUACAAGCCCAAGUCCCUUGUGAAACACAAGCUGGUUGUUCCUAUCCUACAAGUCAUGUGCCCUUUACUAGCUGAGGCAAGCCAUGGUGAUGAUGAUGAUGAUGAUCUCUCUGCGGACCGAGCUGCUGCAGAAGUUAUUGACACAAUGGCUGUAAAUCUUCCAAGGAAGCUUGUUUUCCCACCUGUUCUUGAAUUUGCUUCUAUUGGUUAUCAGAAUCCAAACCCCAAAUAUAGGGAGGCUUCUGUAAUGGCAUUGGGGGUUGUCUCAGAGGGCUGCUUCGAGUUGAUGAAGAACAAGUUGGAAGAUGUUCUGCGGAUAGUUUUAGAAGCUUUAAAAGAUCCAGAACAACUGGUUAGAGGGGCUGCAUCAUUUGCAUUGGGCCAGUUUGCUGAGCACUUGCAACCCGAGAUUGUGACAUACUAUGAAAGUGUGCUUCCAUGCAUUUUGAACUCUAUUGGAGAUGCAUCAGAAGAAGUACAGGAGAAAUCUUAUUAUGCAUUGGCAGCAUUUUGUGAGAACAUGGGAGAAGAAAUACUUCCAUUUUUGGGCCCUUUGAUGGGGAGAUUACUUGAAGCGCUGCAGAACAAUUCUCGUAAUUUGCAGGAGACUUGCAUGUCUGCAAUUGGGUCAGUGGCAGCUGCAGCUGAGCAAGCAUUUAUUCCAUAUGCUGAGAAGGUUCUCGAGAUGAUGAAAAAUUUCUUAGUGUUAAUUCAGGAUGAAGACCUUCGUGCACGGGCGCGAGCCAUUGAGCUAGUUGGAAUAGUUGCAAUGGCUGUCGGGCGUGCCAGGAUGGAGCCUAUAUUGCCUCCUUUCAUUGAAGCCGCUAUCUCGGGUUUUACUUUGGACUUCAGUGAGCUUCGAGAAUAUACACAUGGAUUCUUUAGCAAUAUUGCUGAAAUUAUGAAUGGAGGGUUUUCUCAGUAUCUUCCCCAUGUGGUUCCCUUGGCAUUUUCUUCAUGUAAUCUUGAUGAUGGCUCUGCUGUUGACAUUGAUGAAUCUGAUGGUGAUGAGAGUGUAUAUGGUUUUGGGGAAGUAUCGACCGAUGAUGAAGCACAUGAUGAAAGGAGAGUUCGCAAUAUAAGUAUCAGAACUGGUGUCUUGGAUGAAAAAGCUGCAGCCACUCAGGCCCUUGGCUUGUUUGCAUUGCAUACAAAGAGUUCUUUCAUACCCUAUUUUGAGGAGACAAUGAAGAUUUUGACGAAGCAUGCUGGCUAUUUUCAUGAGGAUGUUCGUCUUCAGGCUAUCAUUGCUUUAAAAAAUGUAUUGAUAGCAACCGAGUCAGUUUUCCCAGGAUCAAAUGAAUUAUCUGCUGAAAGUAAACAUGUCCUUGAUACUUUGAUGAACAUCUACAUAAGGACCAUGAAUGAGGAUGAUGACAAGGAAGUUGUUGCCCAGACCUGUACAAAUUUGGCAGAGAUUAUCAAGUCCUCUACAUAUGUGGCUAUUGAGUCUUAUGUGCCAAGGCUUGUUGAAUCAACGCUGGUUCUGUUGCGUGAGGAGUCUGCUUGCCAACAAUUGGAGUCGGACAGUGAUGUGGAUGAGAAUGAUGCAGAGCAUGAUGAAGUUCUCAUGGAUGCAGUCUCAGACCUUCUUCCUGCUUUUGCCAGGUGUUUGGUCUAUCGUUUUGAACCAGUCCUCGAUAGAUUCUUUCAACCCCUCAUGAAAUUUGCAAAAGCUUCACGCCCUUCAGAAGAUCGAACUAUGGUGGUCGCGUGCCUUGCGGAGGUAGCUCAAGAAAUGGGUGGCCCUAUUGCUAAAUACAUUGAUAAAUUGAUGCCACUUGUACUGAAAGAAUUGUCAUCAUCUGAGGCAACAAACCGGAGGAAUGCUGCAUUCUGUGUCGGUGAGCUUUGUAAGAAUGGUGGCGAGGCUGCUCUGAGAUAUUAUGGCGAUAUACUUCGUGGACUUUAUCCCUUGUUUGGUGAAUUUGAAGUUGAUGAUGCUGUGAGGGACAAUGCUGCUGGUGCAGUUGCCAGGAUGAUCAUGGUGCAGCCACAGUCCAUCCCACUGAAUCAGGUUUUACCUGUUCUCUUGAAGGCUUUGCCACUGAAAGAUGAUCUCCAGGAGUCUGAUGCUGUCUAUGGUUGCUUAUGUAAUUUGAUAGGAUCAUCUAAAUCGGAGGUUCUGUGUCUUGUUCCGGAGGUUCUCCGAGUUUUUGGUCAGGUCAUUGUAUCUCCCGCUGAGAGCCCAGAAGUGAAAGCUCGAAUUGGCAUGGCUUUCUGUCACCUUGUCUCUCUCUAUGGUGACCAGAUCCAUCCCAUCAUGAACAGCCUUCCAUCGCAACAUGCAAAUGCCUUGGCUGCUCUCUUGACCAGAAGCUGACAGUUGACAUUGGAGGCUUCCAUUGAUUCAAGUUUUUGUGUUCUUGUAUCUAUUCUGGAGUUCCAGUGGUUUGUUGGGGAGAGAGGUGUUCUUGUAUGUAUCAUGGAGUUGUGGUGGUUUUGUUGAAGAGAUUUUCUCACAUUCUUGAGCCAAAUCAAGUGAAUCUUGGUGGUAUUUUUUUUGAGGUUCUGUUGUGGCAGUCCCAUUUUUCCAUUGAGUGUGGUGCCAUAGCUCCCGUGCUUGCUUUCAUUGUAAUUCUUGUUUCUAUAUGAUUGAGUUUUUGUUGUUUGGUGAGUAUUUAUUUUUGUAAGAGGUUAUAUUAAGUUCCGGGAAAUGAAUAUGUAUUGAUUGAAUCGAUGGUGUAAGUUCAUUGUGUCGAAAUUUUACUGAUUCUUUAAAAGGCCUGUGAAGUUAUUCGCCGAUUUUAGGCAUAAUAAAUCGCUAUUCCUUGUGUGUA